AUGAUCACCUCAAUGGCGUGCAGAAUACCUAAACCCUCCAGUGUGCUUACUUGCGGCUCUUCGGGAAGACUGCGGAGGGCACUGCAGCUGCAAAGUGGCCUAUCACUUCUCCCUUUCUCUUCACGUGCCUCGUGCUUCUGGGUUCGAAAUGACAGUAUAAGGCGGCGCCAGGCCCUUCUCACUGCAAAGAGCAACACAACAUAUCGCCUACAACAAUCUGGUGUCUUCAGUACUUCGGUCAGGUGCAACACCGAACGCAAAGAUGGGAACAAUACCACCUCUCAGGGCUUACCUGAACGAGUCACAGAGAGCAAAGAUCUGUCAACUACAGCAAAAGUCGCAGCUACUCUGAAGUCCACCUUGAAGCUUGACACACCGGCACAGCGACACGAACAAAUCUACAACAUACCGAACUUUCUCACACUCACACGCCUGAUAGCUACUCCCGCCGUUGGAUACUUUAUCAUUCACAACCAACACCUUGCAGCAUUUUCAUUGUUUACUUAUGCUGCGUUCUCGGACCUGCUCGACGGUUGGAUAGCCCGCAAGUGGAAUCUACAGACCGUUGUUGGCAGUGUGGUCGACCCCAUGGCCGAUAAACUGCUCAUGACGACCCUUGUUACAUGUUUAGCAAUCAAUGGAAGUAUGGCGGCACCUCUGGCUGUUGUCAUUCUUGGUCGCGAUGUCAGCCUGGCCGUCUCUGCGCUCUACUACCGAUACGCGUCCUUACCUGCACCGAAGACUAUGGCUAGAUACUGGGACUUCAGUCUUCCGAGUGCAGAAGUACAUCCCACACAGAUCUCCAAGUUCAACACGUUCCUGCAACUCAGUCUACUCGGCACACUACUCUGCACAAACCUCCUUCACGACCCUGCCGCGACUACCUCGGCUGCAGGUGGAAUUCUUCUCUCUAUCCAAGACAUCUUGGGUGGUGAAGCUGGUGUCAAGAGCAUCGUUACGGGCCUAUCAGCUAUUGUCGCCAGCACCACGCUGUACAGCGGGCUGGAGUAUACAUGGAAAAAGGACGCAGUCAAAAUCUUGGGAGGCAACGAGGAGCUCAAGAGGAAGCAGGGCUUCCGUGGUAGAAUGAUUAUGGCCACGAGCUAUGGAACGUUCAUCGCGGUUGCUGCAGCUUUGUGGUUUCGAGGCUCUUCCGAAGAUGAGAGUGAACAACGUGAGAUCAAGGCUUGA